UGAGGGUUUGAAGAGGAUGGCGUUGAAACUUCCUUUUGUCAGUUUGCAGAGAAGGUUGAGGCUUGAGGAGAAGGCAGUGAAGGAAGCUAUGAAAAAAAAGUUAGCAGAAAAGGACGGGACAACGUUCACGUCAUCAGAGAUGGGUGUGCCAGUUGAUGAUAUGGGAAGCAGCGAUGUAUCGGGCUCAGAGGCUGGGGAUGACACUGAAACGGCUCGUAAUGCGUCUGCAAGUGAUGAUGGCGACUGGGAGGUUGAGGAUCGAGAUGGUGUUCGUGUUCACGGAAAUGUGGAGAGCGAAAGCGAUCGCCAUGUGGACGUUGAAGGUAAUGCCGACAUGCGACGAGGCGAUGAUGGUCGUCCCCACUACCAGGAAGCUGAGGGAAUGGAUCAUGGUGCUGGUGAUGGAGCCAUAGAUGACGGUUACGAUGCAGACAGCAGUGGCGAGGACGGUGACGAUUUGUUGAUGCGGGGAGGCGAUGAGGUAUCGCAGCAGCGCGGUGAUAUUCACGACCCAGAACCUGACCCUUAUGAUUCAAACGAGUUCGAUUCGGAUGCGGAUGCAAUUGCAAUCGGAAGCGAUAGGGAUAUGGAUGGAAUUGAUAUCGGAAGCGACGACGCUGAUCUUGCCGACAACCUCUGGAGUGCUCCUGGUAAUCGGUCUGCAGGCGGAGGAAAACCCUACAGGAGAAGAGUGAUUCGCAGCUCUGACAGCGAAAACGCAGCAGGUAAUAGUGCUGCUGACGAGAUGUCCGGCACGAGGCUUGAUGAGGUGCAGAAGACGGCGGUCGGUGGCGAGGAAUCGUCGGAGACCACAGGAUCUGUCUCAGAAUCGCCGGCGCCAUCUUCCGGGGCGAUGAUGGAACCGCGAAAAGACACUGGAAAAGAUGGCUUCGAUGCAUCUAACGAAGAACAAGGAGAAGAUACGGCAGAACUGGAACAAGAAAGCGUCAACAAAAAAGACGAUGCUGAAGUCGGAGAUGGAGAUGGUGAAGACAAUGAGCGGGAUAAGGAUUCCGAAGAAGAUUUGCGAUUGGCGGAAGAGUUGUAUGCAGUGGCUCGCGCAAUGUUUACGCUGGGGGUUUUGUCUUCCACGGGGCUUGCUUCGGAAUAUCAUCUCCACAAUACAACUAAGGCACUGGCGGAGUUCCGUGAGGCGGCAGAGAGCGGGUCGACACAUGCAAUGCUGGCCUUAGGCGAUCGUCUGAUGAGGGGCUAUGGCUUGGAGAAGAAUGAAACAGCUGCCUUUGAAUAUUUCAAGAAAGUCGCAGAUGGGAUUUUGGGAAACCUCGACGACAUCGGCGACUUUCAAUUGCCGAAGGAGGCGGUUCGUCUGCGAAAGCACCAUCGAGACGGAAGCCGUAUGUCGAACUUAGAUGAUGACAAUAUGGAGUGGGUUGAGAAGCAUGAAGAUCUGGCAAGGCGAGGAGUGCCAGAGUCCCAGCUGUACAUUGGUUAUCGACGACUCUUGGGACGGGGCGUUGAGCGGGACCCUCUGGCGGCGUUCAACAACUUCGAGGCGGCAGCUGCAAACGGCGAUGCUCUGGCAAAAUUUCACCUAGGCUUUAUGCAUCUGCAUGGCAUCAGCACACCGAAGAACUACACUGCCGCUCGCCAUCUGUUUGAAGAGGCGGCAUGGGUGGGCCUUCUCCCGGCCGCGUGGAACGGUCUCGGUGUGCUGUACUUUUACGGAUGGGGCUGCCCAAAGAACUACACGCUCGCAUGGUUAUGCUUCCUCAAGGCGGCAGAAGAUAACUAUUCUGAUGCGCUAUGCAACCUCGGCAACAUGUAUCUUGCCGGCAACGGAGUGGAGAAGAACGACACGAUAGCGUUCGCCUACUUUCAGCGAGCAAUGAACGCGGACGAGUGGCGUGCACCGUACAUGCUGGCGCUCAUGUAUUCAGAAGGCAGAGGAACACCCCUGAAUUACUCGGAGGCGGCACGGCACAUGAAGAUCUUCAUUGCGGAGAGAGGGAGUUGGUCGAGGGAGAUGGAGAGUGCAGUUGAUGCACAAGAGAAAGGCGAUCACUGGGGUGCACUGAUGCGAUACACUAUGAUUGCGGAGCAGCUCGCUUUCAUCGAGGCUGAGGAACAACUCCAGCUGGCAGCCGCGGCUGCCCGCCUACAGGCUGAAGAAGCGGCAACAGCAGAGAAGCUGCGGCUACAGGCCGACGCAGACGCAGAUGCCCAGGCUCGCCGCAAGGAAGCCGAGGAUCUGCUGCAGCGGCAUGAAGCCAACAGCAUCGAGAGACUCAAGUUCUGCCACUUUGAACCAAACGGCGACAACGCAACACCGGAAGAGCAGCAUAAGGAGUUCCUCUCCAAACUCUGGCAAUGCCCGCGCGACAUCAUUACCUUCGCGGCGCCAACCACCAUCAGCAGCCAGCUGGACACGUUGAAGACCGAGGUCCAGCAACUGCAGUCAACGAACUCGGAUGGCAAUCCAAAGCAAUACAAGAUGCCAACUUUUCAACUGGAGAAGUUCGACGACUACACGCAUCAGGACCCGCUGCUCUGGUGGGAAGCUUUCACGACGCAACUGCGGACUCUGCCUGUCGCCAAGCACGCGUACAUCGGCGCCCUGUUCAUGAACUCAAAGGGCCGAUGCCAGAUCUGGUUGACUCACCUGGCAGCCACCCACAGCGUCGACGUUGCCGAUUUGAAGGACAAGAUCACAUGGGAAGAGUUAACACGGCUGUGGAAGAAGCGGCUCAUCGUCGUCGACGCUCCAGCACUUGCCGUCAACCGUCUCUUCACCAUGUCUCAGGGCAACACAGCAACACAUGACUGGCUCACGGAAUGGCAGAAGAUCGCGACAGUGCCCGAUUUGGACUUACCAUUCACGCAUCUACGCCGUGAGUUCUACAACAGGUCAUGCGCUGAGCUGAGCCAGGCACUUGGUGAUCGCGAGCAGUAUGCAACUUUCGUCGAAAUCAUUGACAAGGCAAGAGAGAUCAUCAAGACCAACAAUGCGGCUGCACACGAGAAGUCAACGUGGCAGCCAACCUGUGUGGAGAAGGUGAGAACUGGUCCGCGACAGCAGCAGUUUGCUGCAGUCCAAUCGGACACUGUGGAAGACCCAACAGCCACCCAAGCGUCACGUGAGGGAGAUCAGGUGGCUGCUGUCCAGCCGCGAAGCAACAAGCCCCGAGUGAACGGGAAGGCGAAACCAGCAUCGCUGGCCGGAAACGGACAGCCAGCACCACCAUGGGUCAAGUUCGGCUUGACCGAGGCCGAGUACAAGUACCGCAACCGUUACGGCUGCUGUUACUGUCUAUUGCCGAAACCGCAUUGCAACGUGCUCAAGGCACAAUUGCGAGAUUACUUGCACACUGCAGUACCGACUCCGUUGAUGGACGUCGGAGUAGAGGUUGUCGACCUUCACGCCUACAUUGCGAAGAUCGACCGCGAGUUCAAGACGCAACGGUACGACGACAUCGACGCACCAUUGCUAUAUGUACGCAUUCAGAUUGGAGAGGCGACCUGCAAUGCUUUGAUCGAUUGCGGAGCAUCUCGCAACUACAUGAGUCCGGACUUCAUGGUACGCGUCGGCCUUGGCCCACGAGUCCGAAGGAAGGCCCAUCCCACGCAAGUCACGUUGGCGGACGGUCACACGCACAACUCAAUCGACUGGUGCAUUGAUGACAUCCCAGUGUACUUUGCCCCUCACGCAAGUGAGGCGGUUUCCUUUGACAUUCUGGACACCAAAUUCGACAUGAUCUUGGGCAUGUCAUGGCUGCGAAGCAAGGAUCACCCGGUGAACUUCUACCGCCGCACCGUUCACAGGAGGUACAAACUGGCGCUCGACUACUCGUUGCGGCUUGCGGCUUUGGAUCAUGAAGUCGCACUUGUUGAAGCCGGCGACCUCCAUUACUAUGGCCUUGUGGAGGGAAAUCAAAGUGAUUGCCUCAGGUAUUACGAGCAUGGCGCAGCGCUCAACGAUCCAGAGGCUUUGUACAGUCUUGCCUAUCUUUAUGAGUUUGGCAUCCACGUUGAGCAGAACUUCACCAAGGCCAGGGAGCUACUGGAUCAAGCCCUCUCAAUCGAAACGCUAAAGGCUGAAGUUGUGCCGCUCAUGACCGUACUGAUUCGGUUAUGGGUCCAUCAUACGUGUGCUUCUGUCUGGCGAACUUUGUCAGCACCUGUCAAAGAACUUGGUGGUGUAAUUGAAGUCAUGGAAUGGGACACCGUAGUUAUCAUCUUGUUGAGCUUUGCUCUUGGCAUGGCGUUGAUGACCCUUCGAAACUUGGCGGUCAUUCGAGCCGCAGAAGCGGCAGCGUUGGCAGAUGAGGCAGAUGAACGGACGGGUGUGGCAGCAGGUGCAGGCAGGGAGGGAGGAAGAGCAGAGGCGGGAGAGGGAGGCGGUGCUUUAGCAGGCAACACUUCAGCUGCUAUGGUAGGUGCUGCGGGAGCAGGCGCGGUUCUAGGAGGUGUCCUCGCCGGAGCGUCAUCACAGGGUCGUGUAGGCGGAAGCGAUCAGAACCCUACGAACGAUGCCCGUCAACAGCGGUUGCAGCAGAUGGACGGAAGCGGUUCGGGACACUUGAGGGUGAAGGCUUCAUCAUCAACAACAGAUGCUACCCAUCCCGAUACGGAUAGACAUGGCGCAGUGAUGUCAGCGUCAGCCACGACUGGCAGAAUUGGAAGACCCACUUGAUGUUUUCCUCACCGUCCUCACCGACAUAGGGAGGAAAGUUUCGGACUAAGUCAUUUCUUUAUGCUCUCACCACACUCAUUCGCUUGUCGGUGACAUUCAAUAACUGUUGCCCCAAUUUGCUUGUGCUUGCAAAUGCAUUGCCGCUUCAUGAGGCACUUGACUUGCGCGCCAGGAGCGCCCCACCCCACCCCUACUUCGCUUGCUCAACCGCCUUCCAUCGACAUGUCUCUCGUUCCAACUGACCGAGGAAUCUCUCCCCUGCGCCCUUUCGUCUCUGCUCGUGUCUUUUUUAC